GAUAUCAUUUCAUAGAAACAAGUGAGCGUAAUGUGGUUUGAAUUGAAUUGAGUAAAUCAAUGUGAUUCUACGCCUCAGUUCUCUUCGCGAGUUUUCGAACGAAUGGCGUGAAAAUUGUCGAAUAACGAGUUGUUUUAGUGUUACUAGAACCUGACAUAAUCGGAUGACAAAUAGGAUAUACGCCGCGAAAUGAUGAAGGAAGUUAUGGUGUAACGAGAAAACGAGAACCCGCGAACGACAACGACGGCUGUUAGCCGAAAAACGAAAGGCCCGGUGGAAAAACAAGACGCAAAACGACGGGAGACGACGCUACGAGGAAGCUCCCUAAUAGCCCGGGAAAGAGAAAGAACGCGCUAUUCGGAUAGUGCGCACAAACAUGGCUCUUCGAGUGGAGGGACCAUGGCUCGGCCGCCAAUUUGGACCCGGUAAACACUUCACGGCGAACUCGAGUAUGCACCCGCAGGCCACAAUUGAUGAUAGCUGUGCGAAUAUAAUCUGAGUUUAUUAAUCACCAAGUGGCGUGAAAAGUGAAAGAACAAAGAUCCAUCAUCAGUGUUAUGUAAGAGCAAAACCAUUGCAAUAGUGAAGUGAUUUCAGCAGGCAAAAGAAAGUGAAACAAGCAGUUUGCGAAUAUCUGUGAGAAAGUGCUUUAUUAAACGGAAGAGAGUGAAAAAAACACACACGACAAGAAAUGUCUUCAUCGGGGCAAAAUUGCCACACUAGUGGAUGAAUGGAUCUUGAUCCCGCUUGCUCGAAGAGUGGAAAAAAAAUGUGUCUCUGUGCUAGCGCUGAUAAUCUUGGAUCACGAUAACACUGUGAAGAGCCGUAUCCAACCGAUUCUACGGUAUAAAGCAAGUGAUUUAGGUUACUGACGGUGGAAGGCAAAAAAAAUCCGCCGCAUCUGGCAAUCCAGCCCCAAGCGAAGACAUCUGAGAAAUCUACGCACCCGGAUACUGGGUGACUACGCGUGGGAUUUUCCGGGCACUAGCCAUUAUUGAAAGUCAUCGCUGGAGGAUCGACGUGCGUUGGUUCGGUUCUGAAUUUCAUUAGAUUCAGUCGCGAACCCCUCCACACACAAAAUGACACCAUCCUCGGUGACGCCGUCACUGCUCCUGGCGGUACCACUACUGCUGCUGCUACUCAGCCCCGCAUCCACAUCCACCCCGUACAGCUGCCCACGAGGCUGUGAGUGCAAUGGGUCUACCUUCACCUGCACCAGCGUAGCCGGGCUUCGAAACGUCGACAAGAGUCUACCCGUCAAGCGUCUGGUACUCUCCGGGCUGGAGCUGUCCAAGAUCCCACCCCAGCUGGAGAACAUCCGAAACAUGACCGAGCUGGACCUGUCCAACAAUCACCUCUCGGAGGUGAACCAUCUGGGCAAGAGGAUACGACAGCUGAAUUUGAGCCAGAAUCGGAUUACAUCGGGCAAACUGUCCCGCAUUCCACCGUUCGUGGAAUCGCUGAAUUUGACACACAACGACAUUACCUACCUGCCGCUGCACCUGAUGAAACUCAAAAAGCUGCGCUCGAUCGAGCUGGCGAACAACCCCAUCAACUGUACGUGUGAUACCCUGCACAUCCGGAAUUGGCUGACGAUGCGACACGUCUGGUCGGAUGAGCACAUCAAGUGUAGCGCGCCGCACGAGUUCAAGGGAAGACCCUGGCUGCAGAUCAAACAGGCAGACGUUUGCCAGGGUGCUGGUGGACGAACGGGUGGCUACAAUUGGGACGAGUACGAGGACGAGAAUGAUCUUAUGCUGGGCGAUCAGGCGGAUUUGGGCGACGAGGAUGGGGAUGAAGAGGAAGAGGACGACUUCAAGAAGGAGUACUUCCCAGUGAAUGAGAAACUGAAGUCCAGGGAUCCUCCGAUCGAGUUUCAGAAUGACGAAGAAACGGAUGGUGGUUCUGGAGACGGUUCGUUGUCGGAUAUUGGUGAGGAGGAGAAAGCGGACACCGAAGACGUGAUUGCAACAUCCGCGGUGGAGGGCUCGGGAGAAACGAAGAAUGAAACGGUUAGGGCGGUUCGUGUGGGUCAAAUUCAGAACGCAGUUGAACAUGGUGACGACAACGAAGACGGUAGUGGAAGUGGAGGUGGAAUUCUGCCAUUUGUGAUGAUUGGCGAAGGUAAAGGAUCGACGGAAGGACCCCAGACGGAUGAUGAUAUCGAUGAGGACGAGGCGAGUGAAGAGAAACCAAUAACACCACCGGGUAGUUUAGGUAUUUUUGGAAAGGGAUUGGAAGAUGACACGACGACGUCAGCCCCGACGGAAUCAUCUGAAACGGUUGUGAAAACAUUCAGUGGCCGAGUUGAAGCUCCCAAAGAAACUGUCAGUGGGACGGAUGGGGAUGCUCCUGCAGCCGAGGAGGAACAGAUAAUAGCUGAAGAACCAGAGCGCGCUGAUGUGGACAGUCAGGGAACGUACAUUCUGCUGGCGAUCCUUGGAAUAAUCCUGGUUUCAUUGAUAAUUCUCGUUAUGUGCAAACGGAAACCUCAGACAAGAAACCGUCGUGACAAGGCCGAUAUGGAGUCAGGUCGAAGUCGUGAAAUGCAGGAUAUGGAUAAGAGUUUGCUGGGUAAACCACUGGAUAAGAACGGUCACAAUCCCCCGGAAAGAACCCCACUGAUGAAGGACGGCGAUAGUGGCAAACCCAACAAUUAUGCCCCAGCCAAACCGGAAAGAACAUCCCUGGACAAACCUGCGAUGGAAUCGUUCAAGCCUAUCCCUGCGGAUAGAAAUAAGGGAGUGUACGAAAACGUACCCCAGAACAACAACAACAACAACAACAACAAUGUUCCUCUACAGAACGGUAAUGGCACAGUGUCCCCGAUGACGAAUGGUGAUCCAUCUGGUGCUCACCAGCCUAAUCACGGAGUACCAACCGAUGAGUCGUUGCCAAACGGUAGCCCCAACCAACUUCAUCCGGAGCAACCCUCGAAUGGAGACGUGGAGUCGCCCAAAACUAAACGGUACAGUCCGAUCUACGUACCCACCUCACCAAGAUCUGACCGCUACAGUCCGGUGUACUCUCCGGAGACUGGGCGCGUCAAGAUCAAACUAACCGAAACACCAAAACCUAAAACUCCCAUCUUGGUCACGCGAAGUCGAUCGAGAGCUGGAGAGUACAUAACGACACCCGACCAGAAGUUCUGAUCCAGAACAGACAGACGACAGUGCACUGUACGAAUUCUGCUGCAACCUUCCUAGCGUAUCGGGGGGCGUCUCGGACUAUGUGACGCCCGUUGAGCAACGCUUGCCCAGACAUUCGGUCUGUGUUUAUUUCAUCGAAGCGAUUGUGUGUCGUCAUCCGACGAUGAAACCUGAACCGAGUCAAUUUCCUAUGUAGAUAAACGUUUGAUUGGAGCUGAGAUUUUUUUACUGAAAUUAAACAAUUGUCAUCUACGCUCAAAACAGCAACCUUCAACCGGUGGCGAUCAUCCUCAUUGAAUGCAUCCUUUGACUUCUUUCCUUUUCCACACUUUAUCACUCGUAUUGGACAGCACAAAUCAUCCAAAACUGAACAGAGUACACACACAUAUUCGUGGCGUAGUCAGUAGUAAGCAUGCCUAAAUUGAGAACCAAUUGUAGACCAACCCUGAAAAACCCUAAACGAAAGAACCGCGUACCCGUGCGGGAGAGAGUGUAUACUAUAUUUAGAUAUACUUUGCCUAAUUGUGAUAGUCAAUCGAUUGGAAAACAUUUAUAAAUAUUUACGAGUAUAUAUUCUAGACCAACAACAACAACGACUAACCUAUUCGAGUACGGAACUGGGCAGUGGCUGAGCUGUAGAAUUGUCGAAACGUUCCUCUGUAUCCUUGUGUAGCAUACGUAUAUCUCGUUCGAUCGAAUUUUUCGCCCGUGAGCAAAAGACCAUUGUAACCCCCAGUUUAACCCGCCAGAUCAAAUCCUUACACCGUGGAAUGUAAAUAUUAGUGUGCCCACAGAGAGCACCAAUCCAGUCCUGGUAUCUGUGUAGGUUCCCAACAUGCAAACCCCGCCGGAGAAUCGCCGGAUAGAAAUGUUAAUGGAUAUGUAAGUUUGUUUGUUGUGUUUGUAAUCGACGGAACCGAAGUCAAUCAAGUCUAUAUUUAUCGUGCCUAGGUUUAGAGUGGAAUGGUAGAAUGCAGUGAGACAUUUUAGAACAAACACAUGAAUCAUAUCAAGUGUGAAAGGUAAGGCGAAAAAUGGAACAGUAACCAAUUUAUUUUUUCAAACGGAGGGUAAAGAAACUUAGGGAUUUUAAUUAGUGUAGUGAACGGCUGCCUUAUUAUGAAAUUUACAUAGAGCUUCGAGGAAACAAAAAAAAACAGUUGUAAAAAAACCACAUAUAUAAUAGCAAAUAAAGAUAGAUAUGAGGUAACAAACGAGAAUCAGUGAAAUCUGCAAUCAACCGAUAAAAGAAUAUAAGAGAGUUGUUAAGUUUUAAUAAUUUAACGAGAAAGAGGAAAAUGCUACAUGUAUGUAUUUAAAAUUUAAAUAAAUUAUAUUAGGAGU